AUGGACGCACUCCGCAUCAAAACACUCGAAGAAGAUAAUGCAUUUCUACGAGGACAAGUCAAGCUUCUCCAGGCGAGAAAUUCACAGUUGGAGGCGAGGAUUGCGCAGUUGUCGGCUUUCAUCCCAUCGUCGUCCUCUUCGGUAUCAUCCUCGGCCUCGGCUUCGACUUCGUCUGCCUCGACUAUCAACGCUCCAACGCCAGUAGAUCCUCAAUCACAAGCUGCUUCAAGAUCCGUUAGUGAUGACGAGGCUCAGUUUGCCAGGGUCCAAUCACCGCAAGAAGAGGAGAGAGGUGAACAACAGCCAGGGAGUGCGUCGACCGUCGUUGGUGGACAGGACUGGAAAUCUACCAACCCUCCUGCGUAUCAUGGUCCCCCGCUCGAAACUAGUGAUGCUGUGUCUCCUAGAUCGGCAUCUUUUGCCAGUAGAGCAAAAUCUCCAACCACCCCCAUCACCGGCGUUUGGGGACGAAGUUAUGAUCCUCCUACGCCACGCCCUACACCGAUCCGAUCAAAACCUCCGACCCCCGUCCUAGGUGUGCCAACUAGUUCUGUCAUCCGAAUCACGCAUGCCAGUUUACCGGCUGGCGGAGGAAGUGGAGGACGAUAUAGGUCAAAAACAUUACCUCCUCUUGCAACCUCGCUCACCAGUGCCUCGUCCAAUCGUCGUGGGGCGCCUACAAUACUUUCUGCCGUCAAUGGGACACCUACCCAUGCCAUUCCUCCCCCACCGAUGUCGAUAACUCAUCCCAGUAUCCUUAAACGUAUCUUUCAAUUUGCAACAAGCACUCAUCUCAUUUCCACUGAUCCGUUCUUCCAAGAUGCCACGACCAAUGCGUGGUUUCUUUCACUCAAGACAAUCAAAUCUUUGUGUCUCUUAUCCAAAGAGUGUCAUAUUCUUGCUCUCCCCCUUCUCUACACCUCGAUCCGCCUCCGUCGAAUACCGCAACUCGCUGCGCUCGUCCAGACUCUCGAAUUUAGAGCGCGCUUCACUCCGCCGUGGCUCGUGGGAUCCAACCACUAUGGCUCGUACACCAGAUCGCUCGAUCUCUCCUUCUACAUCCCUCCAGAGUGGAACAACCUCUACGUCGAAGACGUACGCCGCCUCAUCGCGUGUGUACCCAAUCUGCAAAUCUACCGCUCCCGACCCAUGCUCGCGAUCGAAGGUCCGAGACCGGUACCACCGCCCAUCAUGAGCUGCCUAGGCGAGAUGCGCAACGAGUUGCUGAGCGAGCUCGAGUUAUCGGAGCAGGAAGGCCCACAAAUGACCGAUCUCGUACGGUUAUUGCAGAGCUGCACAUAUCUCGAGGCACUCACGCUCGGUCUGUACGUCUUUGACGGUGGUCUUGGACGAGAAACGCCGGUUCUUAGGCUUCCAAGCCUGAAAAGGUUGGAGGUCAAGGUGACCAACAGAUCCACGCCCGGAUCCUUUGCAUCCUUUCCGUCUCCGCACGUUCUCGUCGAGGCCUCUAAAUGGGACCUACCUCAUCUAGAAGCGCUCACUCUCGUGCUCCAUGACGAGAUCAAGGUGCCCUUUACAGCACUCAACCCGUUCCUGAAUAUACAUGGACACAAACUCAAGACAUUGACAUUGAGAGACGUGAACCCGCUCAUGCGCGCACCUCCGCUUCAAAUCUCGGGAAUACUCUCACGCUGUCCUAAUCUCCUGGAAGUCAAAGUUGUCGCAUCUUCAACAGCACCACUACAUCUCGCCCGACCACACGCAUGCUUGGAGCGUGUGAGAUUUCUGGGCGUCGCACCUGGGAGCAAGCAGGAUGGGGAGUCGAGCAAGGUUCCCAUCUCUGAAGGAAAUAGUUAUUCAGGAGAAGAGGACGUCAAGGCGACCGAGGCGUUGAGAUUUCUGUGGCAAGACUCGCUAGGGAGUGACGUGCGGGUGAUCUGCGUCGGUAUUGAUGGAGAUGUCGUCGACAUACCUUCGCCAACGCAGCUAUUGGCGAUGGCCACUGGUACAAACGCCAAUGGAACGAAAAGUAGUUGGGAUACCUUUGGUGGUGUAGAGGAAGACGAUGAAGAAGAGUGGCUUCCCUCAGAUCCAGACGAUGAACCAGACGAUGAGUCCACUGUGGAUGGCGAGGGUGCCCGUGGAGGGUGGAAUAGCGACGACGAGUACGAGUAUCUCGCUGGAGACGAGGAUGACCUCGGAGAAGAUGAAGAAGAAACUGUCAAGGACUCGAGGAGUGGCAGGGGACGGGAUGAUGAUCAAUUCGAUCACACAACUGCGCUUCUCAUCUUCCAAGACUCAAGCGCGCCGCGAAAAGGACGACACUCGUUUGUCCCCUCCUUUAGUGUCGAGCGUAGUGCGGCUGCCGCAGGAGGUACUAGGGGUGGAGGAAGCGGCAGUGGUGGGGCGAGCGCCUGA